GCUUUUCUCACGGCCGCUCUACGCUCUCAAACAUUACUUCUCCUUCAUUCCCCUACAACUCCCACUCUCUACAUAAAUGUUCAGAGCCAGUGCCAGCCAGUGGCCGCUAUCCUGUUUACAAGAUUUGAAGAAUUUCAUCGGCUGCCUGUGUUUGAAGUACAUACCGCGAUGGCUGACCAAUUCGGGCCCAUUUCCCUAAAAUGGGAUCCAAAAAAUCUGGAAAUCCGGACGAUGUCCGUGGAGAAAACCCUGGAGCCGCUUGUGAUGCAGGUUACCACACUAGUCAGCACGAAAGGACCGUCAAAGAAAAAGAAAGGACGUUCCAAGAGAGCUCACGUGUUGGUUGCUGCAGUUGAGAAGGCGACGGAAAAUUUUAUACUUCAAGGCGAGCAAAUCGCCUACGAAAAUCCAGACAUCAAGCAGGAAAUGCUCUCAGCUGUUGAUGAAGUUAGGAAAACAGGUGAUGCCAUGAGUCUGGCAGCGCGAGAGUUUGCAGAAGAUCCGUGCUCGUCGAUGAAACGAGGCAACAUGGUCAGGGCAGCUCGCAACCUUCUGUCUGCAGUCACCAGGCUCUUGAUCCUGGCAGACAUGGUCGACGUGCAUUUGCUGCUGAAAUCCCUUCAGGUCGUGGAGGACGACUUGGAGAAGGUUAGGAACGCGUCCAGCCAGCCAGAACUGUUGGAAAGCAUCCGCUCUUUUGGUCGCAACGCUGGGGAACUGAUUGCUCAGGCAGCUAAGAGGCAGCAGGAGCUGAAAGACGUGCAGCUCCGAGACGACCUGGCUGCCGCCAGGGCCGUCCUCAAAAAGCAUUCCACCAUGCUGCUGACAGCUUCAAAGGUGUACGUUCGCCACCCUGAAUUGGCUGCCGCCAAAGCAAAUCGCGACUACGUCUUCAAACAAGUUUGCGAAGCUGUCAACACUAUUUCAGACGUUGCUCAAGGCAAGAGUCCUGCUAUGCCUCAGCAACCUUACGAUGGACCUGGAGAACUGGCUGCUGCCCUAGACGAUUUUGAUGAACGCAUCGUGAUCGAUCCUCUCGCCUACAAUGAAGUGCGCACGCGACCUUCGCUGGAGGAGAGGCUCGAGAGCAUCAUCAGCGGUGCGGCUUUGAUGGCGGACUCUUCGUGCACCAGAGAUGAGCGGAGGGAACGGAUCGUUGCCGAGUGCAACGCCGUCCGCCAGGCCCUGCAAGACCUGCUCUCAGAGUACAUGUCCAACCUUGAGACCGCAAGACACCUAAAAAGAAGCGGGAUGGGCGUCAAGGAUCGAAGCGACGGCCUCGACCGCGCCAUCGAUCACAUGUGCCGCAAGACCCGCGACCUCAGGCGCCAGCUUCGCAAGGCUGUCGUUGACCAUGUUUCAGACAGCUUCUUGGAAACGAGUGUUCCUCUGCUUGUACUGAUCGAAGCUGCUCGACUCGGAAACGAAAAGGAAGUGGCCGAGUACUCUGAGGUCUUCACAGAGCACGCGAACAAACUGGUCGAAGUCGCUAACCUGGCCUGCAGCAUGAGCGGCAACGAGGACGGUGUCAAGAUGGUCCGCUACGCCGCAGCACAAAUCGAAAACCUCUGCCCUCAGGUCAUCAACGCAGCUCAGAUUUUGGCAGCUAGACCCCGGUCCAAGGUCGCACAAGAAAACAUUGAGGUUUUCCGCGAGGCCUGGGAGAACCAGGUGCGCAUUCUCACCGAAGCAGUGGACGACAUCACGACGAUCGACGACUUCCUUGCUGUCUCGGAAAAUCACAUUCUCGAGGAUGUGAACAAGUGCGUGCUGGCCCUGCAGGAGGGCGACCCCGAUACGCUCGACCGCACCGCUGGCGCCAUCAGGGGCAGGUCUGCCAGGGUGUGCAACGUCGUCGACGCGGAAAUGGACAACUACGAGCCAGGCAUCUACACUGAGCGGGUGUUGGAGGCAGUGAAAGUUUUGCGAGACCAAGUUAUGCCUAACUUUGCCGAGAGAGUCGAGGUCGCGGUCACGGCCCUCUCCACCAACCCGCCCAAAGAGGUCGAUGAGAACGAAUUCAUUGACGCGUCCCGCCUGGUCUACGACGGCGUUCGUGAAAUCCGUAGAGCGGUCCUCAUGAACCGCACCGACGAAGAGCUCGACCCUGAGGAUGUUGAGCUUGAUGAGCACAACACAGUGGAGACUCGCAGCAAAUCGAGCAUCCACACUGGUGAAGGACCUGGCCAUGGCGUUGACGAGUACCCUGACAUCAGCGGAAUCACUACUGCGAGGGAAGCCAUGCGCAAGAUGACUGAAGAGGACAAGCAAAAGAUUGCCCAGCAGGUGGAGUACUUCCGGUCAGAGAAGCUCAAGUUUGACCGCGAAGUUGCCAAGUGGGACGACACAGGCAAUGACAUUAUUGUGCUCGCCAAGCACAUGUGCAUGAUCAUGAUGGAGAUGACAGAUUUUACAAGGGGCCGUGGUCCUCUGAAAACGACAAUGGACGUCAUCACUGCCGCCAAGAAGAUUUCCGAGGCCGGCACCAAGCUGGACAAGUUGACCCGCAUGAUCGCCGACCAGUGCCCUGAGUCGUCGACCAAGAAGGAUUUGCUCGCCUACCUGCAGAGGAUCGCCCUGUAUUGCCACCAGCUGAACAUCACGUCCAAGGUCAAGGCUGACGUGCAAAACAUCAGCGGAGAACUCAUCGUCUCAGGGUUGGACAGCGCCACUUCCUUGAUCCAGGCAGCCAAGAACUUGAUGAACGCCGUCGUCUUGACUGUGAAAGCCUCGUACGUUGCGUCGACCAAGUACCCGCGGCAAGGCACCGUGUCGUGCGUUCCUUUGCAGUCCCCUAUUGUCGUUUGGAAGAUGAAGGCGCCUGAGAAGAAACCGCUGGUGAGGCCGGAGAGACCUGAGGAGGUUCGCGCCAAGGUGCGCAAGGGAUCUCAGAAGAAGGUGCAGAACCCAAUCAAGGCGCUCAGCGAAUUCCAAAGUCCUUCAGAAUCGGUCUAAGCUUGCGAUUUGCAUCUAUCCAAAUUAUGUAGAUAAGUAGUAAUAAGUUUUAUUCAUCAGAAUAAUUAAUUAUCAGUAGACCCUCACUGGUGGGGACCGCAAUAUUAUGUUCGUUUGAGUUGCUUCUCGCGUCAGAUGAUUUAUUUUGUACUAAACUUGUAUACUUCGAAAAAUCUCUCACACAAAACAUGCGAAUUAACACAAAAAUACACAUACUAAAGUUAGUAAAUGUGCUCUGCUCCUUUCUGUCAGUCACCAGCACAAUUUUUAUACUUUGUGCGUUAGAUAAUUUUGUGUGAGACUACGAUUGCACUGGCCAAAAAUACUAAACUCUUCUUAGACUUGAUAAAAAUUAUUACUCAUGUCUUGUAGCAUUUAAGAAAAUACUUACGACGACACGUGCAACAUUACGUUCCAUUUUUGAAGAAAACUUCCACCGAGAAACAUGAAAAAAGUGUUUAUUACUACUAUGUCAUAAUAUUCCUUCCUCUGAUCUAUGUAGUAACUAUUUGCAGGGACGAAAAAAGCAUUAUACCACAUUGUUUUGGUUAAUUGGGUACUUACAAUUAUAUUGACCACAGAAACAUUGUGAAAAAUGUGCAGCUACUCUUAACUUUUUCAAAAGAAACUCGCAAAAGGGUUAUUUUAAAAUUAAUUGAUUUCGAUUGUGUAAUAGAAGCAAAUAAUAAACAUUUCAGUGUAUUGAGUCA